CGAACGCACUGUCAUUUCACAAUGGAGUUACGAUUUGAGAGGCGUUUUGUGGUGUAAAAACGCAUUCAAAAUGAUAUUGAACUAAAAAAUGCAUCACCAUAAAGUGCCAGAGGGGUUGUGAAAAACGACUCGAAGAUGCAUGUGAGAACGCGCAAAUCGCGCGGGGCCGUUGCAGCGGGCGUGACCUUGUUUGUGUGGCCAAGUGUCAUGCUUUCGUUGUGGUGUUUUGGUGAAUUGAGGUUGCUGACCUUCGUUCCAGUGCUUACAUCAAGCGACAUUGGUGACGAUGGUCAUGCAGCUACAAGAGGAGCUUAGAGCGUACAUGUUCUUAUUUGUGGAGGUGGCUUGCGUGGGGCACAUGGCUCCUGCUUGCUUGCAAAUGAGAAAUUGCCUUUGGAACGAUGCAGCUUUCUGGAAGGCCUACGCUGGUGUUUGCUUUGACCAGCCGCCCGAAAGCAUGGCCGCGGCUGCUCUAAGGGAAGCCUUCCGACGUUGGCUCUUCCAGCUCGAAGACCGCUGGGCCGUCGAGUUCGAAGAAGUCAUCACGCAGGAUAGCAGCUCCGAAUUUGGCGCCAACUACCUGCAGCUCUUCAAGGAUGCAAGGUACAUAGCGUCUGGGCUGAUGCCGUCAGACAGCUCUCCACAGGUGGCAUCCUUUGCAAAGCUUUCUGCUUCGAUGCUCUCCCAGUACAAUCCCAAGCAGUUGGAUGAAAGAUGGGCGGCUGAAAGCUUGAUCUCCAAGGUGGAGCAGCGCAGCGAUGUCUUCACCACGGAGCAAAUCCGUCAAAUCACAAAUGCCUUUGAGGAGUCACUGGAAAAUUCCUUUUUGCAGCAGCACUUGGAGGCAGAUGAUGGCCAAUUUGCCGAGCCCCUUCCCGAGGGUGUGUGGCAAACUUGGGAAUUGGAGGAGGAUGACUCAGAGGAGAGCUUUGCAAACAUGGAUUUCUCCGACUGGGCAGAGCUGGACCCGUCAGAGACGGCUCCUGCUCUUCGCUGAAAUGACUCGUCGGAAAAGAUGUGGUCCUUUGCGUGGGAGUGUGCGGUGGGAAUCGCAUUGCAGAAAUGGAGAAAACAUCCUGAAGGAUCAAGGCAAAGUAGCAUCCCUCCACAAGUCGUGGGCUCGUUGUUUCACGGCCUUUGAAUGGCCAUUAUCUUC